AUGUCAGGAUGUUUGCAUGGGCUCAUUCAGGAAGAUUUAAGCAAAUUUGGUUGUGUUUCUGAUGAACUAGCUCUUCAAGUACGGGCCAUUGCUAUGGUUUGUGUCCAGGCAAUAUGUAAAACAGAUAAAGCACUUUGGCUACCUUCAAGCCUUCAUUUGGCUGCUUACUAUGAUUCUGCUGAGCUUCUUGAAAUUCUGAUCGAAGUAUUCAGUUAUGAAGAAGCGAUGGCUGUGGAUGGAUUAACGCCCGCACAGUUUGCCGCAAUGAAAGGACAUUUGCGCGCAUUGGCGAUACUCUAUCGCAAUGUCGAUAUUAGUAUUUACUGCUGCGUUGGAGGAUUUAAUGCAUACGAAUUUCUUAAAAGUUUUACGAAGCGCGAGGAAAGCGAGAAAUUACCCUGCUUAUCACGAAUUUAUGCUUGUGGUGACAACAGUAAUGUGUCUUUGGGUAUUGUUUAUGGAAAAUGUACUAAAUAUCCUGUUCCCGUGAAGUUUUUUGAUGAACCUAGCUUCGGGAAGGAAGUUACACAGGUUUCUUUUGGGAAAUAUCAUACCAUUUACUUAAUUGAUGGGCGAGCAUAUUCGUGUGGUUUAGGAAGAUAUGGCAAAUUGGGUCAUGGGGACGAAAAAGACCAGUUAGAAAUACGGGGUAUAAAAUUUUUGGAAACAAUCGUUUGUGUUUGUGCUGGACCGACACAUUCAGUCGUAUGUACUCGUAAAAAGAUCAUAGUAUUCGGGCUGAACAAUAAGGGACAACUAGGAUUGGGUACAAAACAGCUUGUGUUAACUCCAACAGUGGCUAAAUCUUUUAAAGAAAAUCCUGGUUACAUUAUUGACUGUUCAACAGCUGAAUCACUAUCUGUGAUCAUCAUGAGUAAUUUCGAUUUCUACGUUACUGGGACGUCAAAUGGUUUCUUAUGGAAAAGAUAUUCAGGAAACAUAUUUAAACAUGUCGAAAAUAAUUACGCACACCGAACAUCAUCCAUUUCGGUCACAGAUUCAUCUUUGGUACGUAUCUACGCUAAGGAGGAUACAUCGAAGAUAACAAUCAAAGUUGAUGGUAAAAACUAUUACAUCACUAGUUCCGUACACAUUACUCGAUGCAUUGGAAUUUGUUAUACUCCAGCGUUGGGUGCUCUAUUUUUUGGUUUCAACUAUUUCUACGAAAAUCGUCCUCAUGCGAUAACAUCAGGGAUAUUUUUAUUCGAUUCAGAAUAUCAUGGUCUUAUUCGACCCGUAUACUUCUAUAGCACUUUAAUGAAAAGAAGCAUAAUCGAGGUGGCAAGUGCGGAUGUUACUCGAGAUGGACAGAUAAUCAUCGUUGACUACAAAGGAGAUGUUUACGAAGGAAACUUGGCAAAUUACACGCUUUGUUUGGACCCAUAUUUCUGCAACAGUAACGACAAUUCGUCGUGGGAUACUACUGAUCAUAUAAUAAAGGUAAAGGUUAAUCGAUUACGUGGGAUUUUAAGUGCAAAAAGUGCUUUUUUAACACCAGAUGGAAGAAACAUGGUAUUGAAUUUGGUGGAAAUCGAUCCACGAUCAGUCCUUCGUUGUAUAGGAAAUGUGUCUCAAGUACAAUUUCCAAGUGACAGUAUAGCUGUGAUCAUAUGUAUGGAUGAAAAUGGUGAUGAGUUGGGACGCUAUGAAACUUCUUUGGAAAUGCUCAAACAUGAGAGCGACGUCUGCUCAUCGUAUUUUGAAAGAUGGGCAGGGAAUCAAAAUAAUGAAAUUCGAAUUACGGGCAAACCAGAGUUAAUGGAGAUGUUCUUAUCUUUUUGUUGCGAUCACUGUUUACGUUCAAAUUUGAGCAUCCAAGAAUUAAUGGAAUUAUUGGUAUUUGCCGAUAAGCUGAUAUGCAAAAGUUUCUUCAACGCGGUCAUGAAAGAACUGUUCAGACCACCAUUUGAAAUGUCGAAUCUGCGAGACCUUUUUGCUUUAGCUCGUUAUCUAUCAUCUAUGGAGCUAUAUCAAAGUUUGAGUGAACUUUGCGCAGCAAUGUUUCCAACACUUCUGGAAAAUGGAUUUGUUAAUGAACUGUUACUCGAUGAAAUUGCAUAUAUUGAAGAUGCUUUUCGUUCACAUGCUUUGCAGAAUAUAGCCCACACUGUGGAUAUGUUUGAAUCAGAGAUAAAAAAACUGGUGGUUCCAAAACAAACUGUAAGAAAUAUCAUUGUGGAUGUAAUGGCAGUUCUGAAAGAACCGAUGGAUAUGAAGUCAUUAAUAAAUUUCUGCAAAACUAUAAAGAUUAAUUCACUUCCGAAAAAACGACGCAAGCAUAUGGGAUCAUCACGGAGAACGGUCGAUACAGAGGCAGUGAAAAGCUGUGGAUUGCAGGAUUCUUCUAUCAAUGAGAAAAAUGAUGGCUGCGGCGUUCAGAUGCCAAAUAUUUUGAACAAGACGGCCUUUAAACCCAUAGACAUUAAGAAAAAAUAUCCUUCACUACCAGAUAUCCAAAUUGCAAUUGCUACAAAUGAAGUUUGCGAAAAUGGAACUCGUAAAACAUAUGCGUUUGCUUCUGUUUCGGGUGCUGUGACUGAGAGAGAAGGAAAAACUGUUAAAAUAAAGCAGAAAGAGAAGAAGUGUCCUCAUAUUUCACCAACUAGCACAUCGGAAAAUACAUGUGAACUUCAACAGAGAAUUUCGUAUUCAUGGCAUUUGGAUGAAUCUGUGAUUUGUGGGAAUUCAUUUGCACAAAUAAUGGAAGAUGAACGAGCUCGACAGUUAGAAACGAUGCGACAAGCGCGCUGUCGUCUUUCCGAUAUAAACAUGGAAGAGCAAGCAAUGGCUGAGCUGACAGCGCAGUACGAAGGCGAAGCUACAAUGCAAGGUGUAUCAAUCACAGUUAGUACAGAACGUGAGGUGGAAAAAGUAAAUGAUCCACUUUGGGCUGCAAGAUCGUGA